AUGGCGGACACAACAUGUGCUUACAACCCCAGCGACACCUCACAAGAUGUCCUCACUCGAAUAAACAACCACUUCGAGGCAUUCUGGAGGAAGCUGGUGGGUAAGCUAAUCCAACCUGCCUCACCACGACCACCCACUUCUACAAGGCGAGCAUCACUCACCCACUCCCAUCAAGCGAACCGGCAUCCGCGCAGCCGCCAAACGCCCUCACUCACCCAAGCAGGGCGCCAAUGUAAGCCUGCCUUCCCGCCCCACCAUCGAUCCGGCAAAGACCGACACCGUGCUCCACACAGUCGGAAGAGGCACAUAAUGCAGCGACACCUACAGACACGAAGAGGACCCUCUGGGCCUAGACCGGCUCAUGGUCUGUGCUACUCGACGGCAGACAGGGCACGGAAGUGCGGAGAACCUCAGAGUAUGAGGCACACGGGCAAGCAGAAGGGUUCCCAGAUGGGACUCAUCUCACCUCAGAAGGGAGUGACACUAGACCGGGAGUGGAGACGGCGAGACACAGGGCCCAACAUGGCGGCAACACCAGGUCAGCCCAACAACGUCCCACGACCACAACAUGGGGCGCCCCCUGAGCACAAGCUGCGACCAAGACCAAGACUCACAAAGGCACCAGAGUGGGACUGUGGCAUACCUCUUGCGGGGGUUGGCUGA